AUGAAUUCUUUUCGUAAAAGUCACACUAAUAACAUCAGUAGACGAGAGUCUUUAGAAACUAUGCAUACUGUAUUUAAUACAGAUUUGCUGAAUUUAUAAUUUGUGAAUCAGAAAAAAGAGGUAGACAUAUACUUAUAAUUAGAUCAUAAAUGAAUAUGUUAUUUAAAGAAAGACUGAAUUAUUGGAGGAAAUGAAAUAAGAAGAAACUUAUUAAGAAAAUGACAGAAAAACUGAAACUUAAUAGUUAAAAGCAUUAUUGGCAAAUAUCAAAUAUCAAAAUGAUCUGAUGAAAUUAAAUUUAAAAUAAUACGAUUAAGUAGAUAUUGAAUAAAAGAAAUUCUCAACAAUCUCUCAAAAUGAGUUGAAUGAAAUUAAUAAUAAAAUAGAUGCUGAAUAAGAAUAGAAUUAAGCAUUAUAGCAAUAAAUCCAAUUAAUAGGUCAUUCAUUAAGGUAAAAUUAAAAACAUAACAAUGCUCUUUUUGAUGAAUUACAAUUAUUUAUACAAAAAUAACCACAUAUUUAAUUAAAAUAGUUUUAAAAUUAGUAGGCUUUUGAUGCAGCAAAAAAGUAAAAUAAAAAGAUAAAGAAGGCUCUAGAGGAGGAAAAAGAAUGGUAAAUUUAAUACUUAUAUGAUAAUACUUUAAAUUAUGAAUAGAAAAACUAAAUUGUCAAGUAAUUUAUAAUUAAAAUUUAUUAGAGAAAAUUUAGAAAGUUUAUGUUAAUAAGAAGAAAGAUUAAAAUUCCUAUAAGAAUAAUUAAUAUUAACUGAUAUAUAAAUUUAGGAUAUAAACUUAGAAAUAUCUACUAAGUUCAAUAAGAUAGAAGAAUGUGCAGAAUUUUUAGAUGAAUUAGAUGAUUUUGAUAAAAUGAUAUUAAUUUUUGUAAUGGAAGAUCCUUAAGAUUUUGAAUUACCAGAAAUUUUGGAAAAUGCAAGAAAUUAAUUAUAAAAACCAAAGAAUAGAAUGCAAAUAGCAGAUAGUGAAUAAGAAUAUAUUGAUAGAGCUAGAUUUAGUAGUGUAAGUUCAAGAAUGAAGAUCUUUUUUAAAUUUCAUAAUAAUAAUUUAUAAAAAUCAAUAGAUAAUUUGAUUCAAGUAUAUCGUAGAUUAUAAUUUAAUGAAAUGACUUUAAAAAAUAGGUAUGAAGAUUUAUUAGAUUAAAAAGCAAAAUUGAAAUAAAAUUUAGAAGAUUUAAAUUAUUUAGAAUUUUAUGCUAUAGAUGACAUAUUGUUUGAAAGAGAUGAUGAACAUAUGAAUAUAGAAGAAUUGAAUGUAGAAGCAGCAUUAGUUUCUAAAAAUUAAUAAAUUCGAUUAGUUUAGAAUAAUGCUUAAUUUGUAAUGAGAAUGUACAGUAUGCUAACAAAUGUAUUAUUUAGAAUAAUUAAUUCAUUCUUAAACAUUAAAGAAGUAUUGAAAACUUGUCCUUCAGAAUUAUUUGAUUAAGAGUAUGAAUUUAUUAAUUGUUAGUUUUUAUUUAAAAUGGACAUAUAAUAAAUUAUAUUCAAAAUUAACUACUAUUCAUGAUUAAUUAGAAAAACAAUUUAAAAUUAAAAUAGUUGUUAAAGAUCCUGUAAUUCGUAAUUCGAAUCAAUUAUUAAAUGCUAUAUAUGAUCAUCUCGAAGAUCGUCCAAUUAAAAGAAAAACAUUCGUUCCCAUUGCUCAAAAAUAAGGAAUUCAAGAGAUAUUAGGUUUUGUAUUAAAUAUAGAAGAAAUAAAAUAAGUUUCUGAUGCAAUUAUUUAAGACCCAAUUAUGGCUCAAUUCUUUUCUAUUAAUGAUUUAUAAAAUAUUGUAUCAUAACUUGAUAAUUACAAUUUAGAUAGUUUGUUGUAAAAGAUAAAAACUGAUGGAUAUUAAAUAGCAUUAACAACAGCAAGGGUGUAAUUAAAAUUCCUAUUAAAUUUUAUAGAAGAGGCUAUCUUUGAUUGUAAGAAUAUUUAAGAGUAACAAAGUUCUGCUAAACUCCUAUAACAAAAGUAUAAAUUAAAAGAUUUAAUGGAAAAGCAUAUGAAUAGUUAUGAAUUUAAACCAAAAGAAUGGAAAAAGGAAGUAAUUGAAAAUAAAAUAAAAUAAUUAAAACCUUUAAAUGGAUAACCUUUCGAAGAAUAACCAACCCCUAUAACUGAAAUGAGAACAUAAUAAUAAUUAUCAACUUAAACCCCAACUCCAAAAUCACAACCUAUAAAAUUUAACAAAACAGAAUAAUCACCAAAUUAAAUAAAAAGAUUCAUCUUUACUAUAGAUUCUUAAAUACCACACUGUUCUUAAUCUUAAGCUAAUCAAAAGUAAUCUGAUCCUAUAUUUAUUCAUUUACAUCAAAUUAAUAGAAAGAUAAAGAAUUUGAAUCGAUCUUCAACUCUAUAAAAAUCAAAUCCUCCACAUCAAUUCGAUGUGAUAUUUAGUAAGAAGAGUGUAGAACUAUCUCGUGAUUCAAUUACAAAUUUACAAUUAAAAUCAACACCUGUUUAUUAGAAUAAUGUAAUAUUAAGAACAAGUUCAAAAUGUCCAAAAUUGUUAAAUAAUACUAAUAAUAAUAGUACUAAUUUAAUUUCGACAAGAUCUAAAUGUAAUACAAAGGUUUCGAACGACCAGAAAUUAGAAUUACCUUUAUCAAUUUGUAAAUCAUAAUUAUCAUCAACAUAUGGAAAUGCAAAUAAAAAAUUAUCAGAUUUCUUUCAUAUGACAAGCUUUAGAAAAAAAUGA